GUAGUGGGUUUUUCUUUUUCAUAUUUUUACAUUCUUUGGGCUAUUUUCCCCCCUCUUUCUAUUUCCACCAAAAUUGCCUGAUGAAAAAAAGAGGUCAAUUUCCUUCCUGUUCGGGUUCAGUUGAAGAGGGCCUCUUUGGUUUCUUCAGUGGAAUCUCUCCGAGACCCUGAAAACUUCCGAAUCACCCCGAAAUCCAUUUGGCUUCAGAUUCGCUUCACCUCGGUUUGGAUGUAAAACCCAAAUAUUUCAGCCAAAUUCACUGAAGUGAAGUGAAUCUAACAACAUUAUUUUGGAGUUUCUUCAGUCUAUUCUUGUUGUGUGGUUUGUAGUUCCUUAUAUGGUAUUAAUUUUGAAGAAGCUGGAUUGUGAUGGAGACUUGAUUAAAUCCUAAACAGAUAAAUGGAAAGGUCUAAUGCUUUUCAUAUAUGUGAAUUUUUCUAGAUCCUAUGAUCGACUACUCUCUCUCUCUCUCUCUCUCUCUGAGUUGCUUUUGAUUCAACUGAAAAUGAUUUGAACUUGUACUCCUUUGCAUUUGAUGCUUGAAUAAUUUCUUCCUCAACAUUCUGGCAUUACUAUCUUCGUCUCCAGAGCAUGUUUUAUGGGGUACAUGUUGGUCUUCUAUUAUUCCUUAUGGCACAGAUAUCCCAAUUUUGAAAUGUCGAGCAUGAUACUGUAUCUUGCCAUUUCCUUUUUUUGUUCACCUUCUGAUGAAAAACAUUAAGGUCCAGUUUUAAGGACUAUUUACCAAAGAAUAAUUUCAUCUCUGUCCUGCUCACUCAUGAGUAGAAAAGGGUAUUGUUUGGGCCCAUCCUGCUGCUCAUCAGUAACGUCCAUUUCUCUCCCCUGCUUAUCUGGAAAGUGCCUCAAAAUGCUCCUUGCCUAUAUAAGGAAAAGAAAAGCCCUUGUUCAUUAAUAACCCCAUUCCUUGAUAGAAUGGGGGAAUGCCAAAUGGGGCCUAUAAUUUUUGUAAAAAAUUAUCGAGGAAAAUUUACUCUCUCUUUCUUUUCUUUUCUUUUCUUUUGGUUGGCUAUGCAGAUUCAUUUUGUAGAGCAAAAUACAGAGGUACUCAGAGAGCGUUGCAUAAAGCUGUACAAGGGAUGUAAGAAAUUUAUGGCAGCUCUUGCAGAAGCAUAUGAUGGUGAUAUUGCUUUUGCAGAUGCAUUGGAGGAAUUUGGAGGUGGACGUGAUGAUCCCAUCAGCAUAGCUAUAGGAGGGCCUGUCAUAUCCAAGUUCAUUACUGCAUUUCGUGAAAUUGCUAACUACAAGGAGCUUCUUCGAUCUCAAGUGGAGCAUAUGCUGAGUAAUCGACUAAUUCAGUUUGCAAAUGUAGAUCUGCAAAAUGCUAAGGAUUGUCGGCGACGCUAUGAGAAAGCUGCAUUUGGCUACGAUCAGGCACGUGAAAAGUUUAUGUCAAUAAAGAAGGGCACACGACCAGAGAUUGUAUCUGAACUAGAAGAAGAUCUUCAAAACUCGAGGUCAUCGUUUGAGAGAUGUCGUUUCAAUCUAGUGAAUGCUCUUACAAGUAUUGAAGCAAAGAAAAAAUACGAGUUCUUGGAAUCUCUCAGUGCAGUGGUGGAUGCUCAUAUGCGUUACUUUAAACAGGGCUAUGAGUUAUUUAGCCAAUUGGAACCCUUCAUUUAUGAGGUUCUCACAUAUUCACAACAAUCAAAGGAAAUGGCCCAUGUUGAACAAGAUGAACUGGCAAAGAGGAUUCAGGAGUACAGAACCCAGGUGGAGCUAGAAAACCAACGUGCUUCUGGUGAUAUAGAGACUUCAACGAGCGCUGAUGGUAUUCAUGUUGUUGGCACAAAUUCAUACAAAUCCAUAGAAGCCCUGAUGCAGUCCACUGCAAAAGGAAAGGUCCAAACAAUUAAGCAAGGUUAUCUCUUGAAGCGAUCGUCAAAUUUGAGAGGCGAUUGGAAGAGAAGGUUCUUUGUACUUGACAGUCAUGGAACAUUGUAUUAUUACCGAAAUUCAGGGAGCAAGCCUAUGGGAUCUGUAUCACAGCACUCAACGUAUGCAUCUGAGCUUGGCAGUGGAAUGUUUGGUAGAUUUCGGUUAGGUCACCACAGAUCAUCUCAGAGUGAUGAGAAUCUUGGUUGCCAUACUGUGGAUCUUCGAACUGCAACUAUUAAAAUUGAUGCCGAGCAGACAGACCUUCGUUUUUGUUUCAGAAUUAUUUCUCCCUUGAAAACAUAUACGUUACAGGCAGAAAAUGGUGCGGAGCGGAAGGUUUGGGUUGAUAAAAUAACAGGAGUUAUUGUAUCCCUUCUGAACUCUCACUUAACUGAGCAGCAGUAUGAUGAUCGAAAAAUGAAUAUUGAGAAUAGUGGCUUAAGUGACGCGUAUGGAUCUGGUCCUCCAUCAGGAGAGUUUCAUACAUCCGUUGUGACAUCAGAGGAUGACCCGACCCUUUCAGGGCAUAAUAGGGUUGUCAGAAUUCUCAGGGAAGUUCGGGGAAAUGAUACUUGUGCAGAAUGUGGUGCUUCUGAACCGGAUUGGGCAUCUCUGAAUCUUGGGAUUUUGAUAUGCAUUGAAUGCUCUGGAGUUCACCGGAAUCUUGGAGUUCAUAUCUCGAAGGUCAGAUCGCUAACAUUUGAUGUCAAGGUGUGGGAACCUGCUAUAAUGGAUUUAUUCCGUGAGUUGGGCAAUGCUUAUUGUAACUCAGUGUGGGAAGGACUUCUUCAAGUUGAGGAUGAAAGAGGAGAUGUUUCCAAAAUGAUCACAAAACCAGUCCACAGGGACCCCAUUUUGGCAAAGGAGAAAUAUAUCCAAGCAAAGUACAUGGAGAAACAAUUGGUUGUUAAAGUAAACACUAAACCUGAUUUGCCUUCUCCCGCUGCCCUCAUUUGGGAAGCUGUCAAGGCUAAAAAUAUACGAGAGGUUUAUCACCUCCUUGUGGCUUCUAGUGCAAGUAUUAAUAUCAUCUAUGAUCAGGCAAACCCAGAUGAUAUGCAUCAUGUAACAGACCAGAGGGAGCUAGAUGGUACUAAUUUAAGAGAGAGAAAGCCAGUUGAUCCUGCAUCUUGCGAGAGACUGGUGAACUCAGGAGAAAUAUCAAAUUGCCUUCAAGGUUGCUCAUUGCUGCAUUUGGCUUGUCAUGUGGGGGAUCGCACAAUGCUCGAGUUGCUUCUACAGUUCGGUGCAGAUGUAAAUGCCCGUGACUUCCAUGGGAGAACUCCUCUUCAUCAUUGCAUAUUGAGUAGGAACAAUCCCUUUGCAAAGAUUCUCGCCAGAAGGGGAUCAAGCCCAUCAAUUAAAGAUGGUGGCGGCAAAAGUGCUUUAGAAAGAGCAAUGGAACUGGGUGCUAUAACUGAUGAUGAACUCUUCAUUCUAUUGGCGGGUUCGAGCUGAAUUCAUAAACCAUGCUUACUUCUACUAUCCAUCCAGCCAAAUUGCCUUCAGUAAUGUGAGAGAGAUUUCAACCAUGAAGUUUUAAAGGUAGGUUCUUGUUCCAAUACAGUUGCCAUGGAUCAGAUCCCAAUACCAGUAGCCAUAAGUCAGAUCCGGGCGCUCAUCAGUUGUAGCAAAGAGGAGAUGUACCAUUAUUACUAUGAACUGUGGACAGCAAUGUCAUGAUAACCUGUACUAUUUUAUCUAACUUAUAUUGUACUUUGUUAUUAACGUUAAGCAGAAAAAAAGAAAUUACUAAGGCACCGUUUGAUUUCAAAUUUCAUUAAA